UAUGACGCGGGAGGAGGCGCUAUAAUGGAGGCUGGCCGAGGGAGGCUCCUACCUUCCCCUCGCCUCGUUCACUAGCACUGCUCUCUAUGCCUGUGGGCGACGCGGAGCUUUUGUCUUGAAGGACUUCGUCUGAUUGACGCGUGCGUUCGCAGGUGCUAGAAAUCGAGAUGGAUUUCAGUACAGUGAGUCACCAGUCGCCCGUGUACAUGUGUAUGGAAAAUGGGGGCGACUUUGUUAGUACGAAUUUUAUAGAAGACGUCCGUUCAACCAAAGUGCCUACGGUGCUCGAGGACAUCGCCCUGCCGAGAGGCUGUGACGUGCGAACCGUAACUAUGAAUGGAUUUAGCAACGCUUGCCAAGGAAAUAUUAAUGACGCCAAGAACUUUCCCUCUGCGCCGAAAGAUGCCCAUUCUAGGGAUUUGCAUGCGCUAGUAAAUGGUGAUCCUAAUAUAAAUUUCGACAUUCGUCUUUCACAAGCGGGCCCGACGGGCGAGGUGUGUGCAGAGACGGCGCAGGCCAAACGCCCAGAGCGCUUGCCUUCACAGUCGUCGGCGUCGUCGCUGUACUCCUCGGCCUCGGCGUCCGAACGCUCGAUCUCGUUUUCGGAGCAGGAGACCGUGUGCGCGGGCGACCUUCAGCGCCGAUACGGUGAUGCAGACAGCGACUCGCGUGUUCGCCAGCAGGGUUCCUUUUCCUCCUCCGAGCAGCAGGACCCUUCUGAGCACCCGGGCGAUAACGAGCGCUACCAGCCCGAAGAUGAUGAGCUCUUCCAUCCCGACGACGACGACGACGACGAGGAUGAGGCAGGGCAGCCCAUGUUUACGGGCGUCGACAUGAGACAUGCCGAAGUAAACAUCAAGUCCACGAAUGAGGUGGUUUUCGGCACCAAGGAAGUGUAUAACAUCUCGUCACCGCUGACGGAGGCCGUCCCCAACAUCAACAUCAUGAGUCCGAAGGCGGAGACGCCGGGCGCGGAGACUUCUGCGUCGGAGUCCCGCGGCGGCGCCAGGGGCCACCCGCUCCACCUCAACAUAAACAAGGCACAGCAUGCGGCUCAGGCGGCGAUCCCCAUGAUGUGCCGGCCGCACAGCCCAGUCAUCAAGUCACAGUCCACGCCCAUCCCCGUGUCCUCGUACGGCCUCACGAGCCCCGUGAUGUCCCCCCAUCAGAUCCCGAUGGCCACAGCAAUGGGCGUCCAGGGGACGGGCGUGCUCAACAUUCCCCUGCCUUCGCCCAUGCUCAGCCAGACCAACAGUCCGCUCAGCAUGAGUCACCCUCUGGCAAAUGCCAUGGCUUCCCCUGCCAGUCGGAUCAAUCUGCCCACGGUCACCACGCCCACGAGCCAGGUCAAUAUCAGUGACCCAGACAACGUCGUGGUGGGAACGCAGGUCGUCAUCCGCUGCAAUGAGCCCCACGAGCACCGCCACGUUGACCCUCCCGUCGCCAACAUCGACUCGACGCUGGCGGAGGUUCGGGAGAAGUUGGCCACCGUCUAUCGAACCCAAACGAAGACCUCACUCCUGCCGUGGUUGAAGGGACACCAGGCCAUCCCCAUGAACGAAUUCUACACCAACUCCCGCAUCCUGGCCGUGGACAAGCAGGGGAAACAGACGAGCCAGGCGGUGGACCUCGUGAAGGAUCUGAUCAGCGAGGAAGAGACGAAGUUCCUGGUGGAGGGGGAGCCUGGGAUGGGCAAGACGCUGCUGGCACUCAAGAUGGCGAUCGACUGGGCCAACGAGAAGAGCCUCCAGCAGUUCAAGUUCGUCUUCCUCAUCUUCCUGCGGGACUUCAAGGGCAGUCUCGAACAGUACAUCAAGGAGGAGCUUUUGCCUUCGGGAUUCGAUGAAAAAUUCAAGAAGGUGUGGGAGUACUGCAAGAACAACGAGGAGCAGAUUCUGUUCAUCCUGGACGGCUACGACGAGCUCAACAAGAACGACGAGGGCGAGAUUCAGAACCUGCUUCGGUACCGCGACUUCCAGAAGAGCAAGGUGGUCGUGACUUCGCGUCCGGACGUCCUCAAGACCAUCUUCCAGCGGACGAUCGUCAAGGGCUUCAGCGAGGAGCAGAUGAUGGAGUUCAUCGGCAAGUACUUCCGGCUCUCGAACGAGGAGGAAUGCGGCCGGAUGCUGAAGCAGAUUAUCGAGCGCGAUUACAAGUACCGGAAGCUGGCCAAGAGGCCCUUGUUCUGCGUGCUGCUCUGCAUGCUCUACGACUCGGAGAGGAGCGUCGCCAAGCUGCCCGAGAAGCUGUCCGACAUGAUGUUCAAGAUCAUGCUGUGCCUCAUCAAGUGGAACAACAACAAGGGCGCGACCGACGCGAACGCGGGCUCGGCCGACGGGAACAUCGAGGCGUUUCCGCCCGAGUACCAGGAGAAGUUUCUUAGUUUUGGCAAACUGUGCAUGGAGGCGCUCAAGACGGACAAGACGCGCUUCAGUGAGAAGCAAAUAGAAAACUAUUCUCUCUUGGUGCCUCUAGGAUUUUUGUCGAGUGACAGUGAGAACCAUGUGUACGGACGCAAAAAGUUCUACAAACCCGUUCAUAAGAUAUUCUUGGAAUAUCUCGCCGGCCUGUACAUGGCCGACACUAUCGAGCGGGACCGACGAGAACACAAGGAUUUCACGACCAUCUACCGCCAUGAGCACGUCCUCAAGUUCAUGGUCGGGGUCCUCGGGAAGCGAGCCCACCUGGCGCUGGAGGGCAAACGGCAGCAGGAUUUCCGACACAUGAAGGACCAGGAGAUCCUGAUGCUCCUCCGAGAAGCCGGGACGACGCCGGACAACUGCCGCGCGGUCGCCAGGCUGCUCGACCGCGACUACCACCGCGUCUACACCAGCGAGGUCGACUUCGAGGGCUGGAGCUCCAUCCUCGACCAGAAGUUCCACAUGCUCAAGAACCUCGAGCUGGUGUGGCGCAUCAAGAGCAACAACCCGGACCAGGAGAGCUCCUUCAACGAGGCAAGCCCGGAGCUCUACCGGCAGUUCUUCAGCGCUCUCCGGAGGAACAAGAGUAUCUCCAUGAUCAGGGUUCGGGCCACGCAGGACGGCGAGCCUUUCUCCGAGACAAAGAUCAAACUUUUCUUCUCACACUUCAAGGAAGCGCUCGAGAAGGAGAACCUGAAAGAGCUCGAGAUAAAGGAGCUGAAUAUGAAUGUUCUCAAUGGGAAGGUCUCGUCUAGUCUUGUGCAAGCGGUCGCGGAGGCAACCUGCAACUCGGGGAGGAAGGCCCUCGAAGCCCUGGAGGUGCUACGGCUGGACAUGUUCCUCGACGACGACGCCCUCCACAACCUGUGCGACCGCCUGAGGAACGACUCUCCCAAACUCAAGGAACUGCAGCUCACCGGCCUCGUCCACGGGCGUCAGGGCUUCAAGAGUCUGGUGGAGUUGCUGAAGAAAAAUAAAAAUCUACAUAAGCUGCACUUGUCCAUGAACAGAGCUCAGCUGCAACACGACACGAGCGUCUUCAUGAGCAGAGAUUACACGCCGACGCACAUGAAGAUGGAGUUGAUCCGCAUGUCCACGUAUGCGAACAGGAAGAGCCAGGAUGCGUUUAAUCAAACUGCCCAGGAAAGUCAAGAGGGAUGUACUCUUCCGGACCCAACCAAAGAACUGAGUUACCUGUUUCACGAUCCUCUCAAGACGGGCGUCAAGUUCAUCCACGGAGCUAAGGGAUUCUGUUUCGUCAGGGACCAAGAUGUCAGGCUUCCCCUCCCGCUGUGCAUGGGACGAGGUCACCAGUCUAUAUUCCAUGACCUCUUCUCGGCCCUUCCGGAAACCAGCGUGCAGAAGUUGACCCUGGCUGACCCCUGUCUCUACCUCACAAAAGCUGACCUCGUGUGUCUCGGAGAUGCCAUCAGGAAGACGAAGCACUUGAGCAGUCUCAAUCUCCAAGGGUUAUAUAAGGUCGAGUGCUACAUGCCCGUCCUGCUCGGCUUGGGUCAGUCUCCCUCGCUUACCACAGUGAAGCUCGACUCCCGCCACGUCGUCCUGUCCGAUACCGCGUUCUUCUUGGCUUGCACGGCGCUGAGGAACAACACCACACUUAAGACACUCUCCUUAGCACGCUGGUCCUUUACUAUACAGGACAAAGCCCAGGCUGCGCGGUACUUCAUGGACCUGCUCAGCUCGUGGAAGGUACAGGACCUUAACCUCGACCACUGUUCCAUCGACAUCGGCCAGUCCCUCCAGCCUGCCUUCCUCCCCCCGCCCAUUCUCAUUCCCACGAUGGGUCCUUCGCAAAGCUGGUCCAGUAUCAAUAUGCUGAGACUCGCUAAUGUCAAGCUGAUGGAGCCCCUGGGCUUUCUUCGGAGUGGGCACCUCCUGUUGCCUGUUCUGAGGAGCUGUCCGAAUUUAACUCAUCUUGACUUGUCAGUGUCUCAGGCUAACGCCACAUCCCUCGACGAUAAGACCACAUGCAAGUUCUUCCAGCUCUUGGGAACCUAUUUCAAAAAGCUGCAGGAGUUGUCCCUCGGAAGCUGGGAGUUCAAGUUCGAACACUACGAGGAGACGUGCAAGGCUGUCGGUCAGCACGUGCGAUCUUGCACCGAAUUAAAGAAACUUAACCUUGACGAGGCCAGCGAAGUGAGGUCGGGCUUGUCCCCCUUGCCCUGCCGAAUGACCUUCCUGCACAACCUGGUGCACCAUCUGCCUCGCCUCUCUGAACUCUCGCUCUGCAAGUACCGAAUCGAUAAGAUGGAGUUCGAUCGCGACACGGCACAGCGCCUCGGCACUUGCUUCCACGACCACUGGAACACGACGACCAAGUUCGAGCUCAAGUUCUUCGGUUUGUAUCCCGAAGUCCAGGCUGUGCUGGAGAAGUCGUUGCGAAAAGUGAACUACUCAGUGGAAAUCAGUCAGGGGUCUCCGCUCAUCACUUUCACGGUCAAAAAGAAAGGUUUCUUUUCCCCUUGAAAGUUCCGGGCUGUAGUUUCCUACCGUUCCCAUUAGGAGUGCUCGGUUCCCGGACCAGAGGCGUCGCUGAGGAGGGAAAUAUGCACUGCUACUGGGCACGGUAGAAUACUGCCGCCCUUAAAAAAUAAACAGUUGGGAGGAUUGCAUGCGGAGGCAGGUGGAGGCGAAGCUCUUGCCGUUGAAAAUAGGAAUGGUGAACGAGAACAGGUUAUGGCAAACGCUUAUGCGCCUUUGGAUUAUUUUCUCAUUGUAUUUCCUCACUCUCUCUCUCAUUCUCUCUCUCUCUCUCUCUCUCUCUCUCUCUCUCUC